UGACCGCUUGCACAUAGCAUCGCUCAUUGAUCUUCUCCUUUUCUCCAAGCCCGUGCGUAAUGGUAGAGCGCAGGAUGAACUCUCUAGUGAAAUGGGCGCUCAUCCUCUUUGUCCUCGUCUCCAUCAUUCUCAACAUUGUCCUGAUCGGCAUCCACUCCACCAGGGCACCCAAAUGCUCCGCUCAGCGUGUCCACCCGCUGAGGGGCAAGCACGACAAGCGCAGCCUCGUGUUCGCUGACCUCACCCGGGAUGAGUACCUGCAGGUCCAGCAGUACAUGCUCAAGCAGAAAGACUUGGACAUAUCCACCAGUCAGAUCACCAAGCCAUCGGAAAAUUUCUUGUUUUUAAUAGAUCUCUCUUUGCCCAAGAAGGCGGACGCGCUGGCUUACUUGGAUGAGAAAGGCACCAAACCAGUGAGAGAGGCGACGGUGGUGGUCUUCCACGGCGCCCGAGGCUACAUUAAGGAGUAUGUAGUGGGGCCUCUUCCCAACCCCACAUACCACAGAGAUGUUACCACGGAGAGGUACAAGACAGAGCUUCCUAUCACCGCGCGCACGGUCACCAUUGGGGAAUACCACUUGCUUUUCAAAUUUCUGGAUGGAAUCUUCUCUAAGUUGGGGAGGCUCAUGAAAGAGAGCUUCGACGUGGAUAAGGACAAGACUGUGAACGCGUUCGAGCAGAUGCCCCGUGGAGUCCAAUCCGGGGACAGAAAGACCUGGAUAGCUUUCUACAGGGAUGUGAGCGGCAUGUACAUCAACCCGGUGGGCUUUGAGGUACUGGUAAACCACGAGAGCUUAAACGCGUCUGAUUGGAAAGUGGAGCGACUGGUUUAUAAUGGCCAAUACUUCGACACCGUAGAAGAACUUAAACAGAAAUAUGACGAGGGGACUAUUAAGAAAAUAGUUUACACGGAGCUGCCAGACUAUGGUUCAUUGAAACCCAAGCAGAAGCCUCUGCAGAUCGGCCCACAGCUGUUUUACGCAGAGGGGAAGCGCUACAGUAUCAGCGACAACCAUGUCCUGUACCUGGACUGGAGCUUCGCCUUCGGACUCAGCUCUCUAACAGGCAUGAGGGCGUUUGAUGUGCGUUUUAAAGGUGAGAGAAUACUCUACGAGCUGAGCGUGCAGGAGGCCAUGUCGGUGUACGGAUCAAUGACCCCGGGGAUGAUGAUGACCAAGUUUCUGGACUCCAGCAUCGGGAUAGGGCGCUUCGCACACGAACUGGUCCGUGGUGUGGAUUGCCCCCACGAAGCCACCUAUGUGGACACAUACCGCUACAUCGACGUUCCAGCCCCGAUCAGAUUUAGGAAUUCAAUAUGCAUCUUUGAGCACAACAUGGGUCAACCCCUGCGAAGGCAUUUCUCUGACUUUUUCCACAAUAGUUACGGCGGGAUGGUAAACAGCGCCCUAGUGUUCAGAACGAUCACGGCUAUAGGGAACUAUGACUACAUGUGGGAUUUCAUCUUCUAUCAGAGCGGCUCAGUGGAGGCCAAGGUGCACGCCACCGGCUACAUCUCCGCUACUUACCUGGUAGAUGGUAGUCUGAAAUACGGACACCAGGUAGCGGACAAGGUGCUGGGCAACAUCCACACCCACUUUAUCAACUUCAAGGUGGACCUUGAUGUGAUGGGAGUGAAUAACUUUUUCCAGACGAAAGACAUGGAAUAUGUUAAUGUAUCACUGCCAUGGAACACUGAUCGUUAUGCCAUGAUUCCUCAGCUGGUGGAGAAGCAGCUCAGAACAGAACAGGAAGCAGCUCUGCAUUACGGCAGAAAGUCCGCUCGCUACCUCCACAUCGCCAGCAAUAAGACCAACCGCUGGGGUCACCAGCGCUCGUACAGGUUGCAGGUGUUCAGCUUCGCCGGGGACCACCUCCCAGAGAGCGAGCCAGAGGAGAAGUCCAUGUCCUGGGCCAGGUAUAAGGUUGCCAUCACCAAGCAUAAGGACUUAGAGCAGACCAGCAGCAGUCUGUACAAUCAAAACAACAUGUGGACUCCAGCUGUCGAUUUCAGCAAGUACAUUGACGACAAUGAAAGCAUCGAAGACAAGGACCUGGUUGCCUGGGUGACCGCCGGCUUCCUCCACAUACCCCACGCCGAGGACAUCCCCAACACAGUAACUGUAGGCAACGGGGGAGGGGUCCUGCUGCGGCCCCACAACUACUUUGAUGAGGAUCCAUCCAUCCACUCUGCUGAUGCAGUGUACAUUAAGCCGGGCAGCGAGGACAGCUGUGACAACAACAGGAUGGCCUGCCUUGCCAAAGAGACCUGCAGCCCCGUUCUUGAACCCUUCACCUUCAACGGCUUCGAAGGAGUCAUGAAGUUCAAGGAUUAGGUCUGAUUUAUUUAGCACUGCUGGGUGUAAGCCCUGAUGAACUCAGAGAUAUACUUGGGUUUCAUUUGUCGAUCAAGCUUGUGUCAAUGUUAACAGUUUGGGACAGUAAAUAAUUUGUGCUCUAUGUGUUUUAAUUCUGCUCUGGGCAAGAAACUGAGUAAAGGAAUUUGUCAAUAUUUUGGAAAAUAUGCUAAUUUGCUCUGUUUCUGAAAGUGCGAUAAAGAGAUUGUUACCACUUUCAUAUUUGUGCGUGAAGCGCAGAGCUUGAGUCAGGCUGUAGUUUGUCUAGCUCAGCGUAAAGACCGGAGGCUGGGGGAAACAGCUAGCCUGGCUCUAUCCAAAUUUCAGAAAUAUGCACCUCUGAAACUUUGUAUUUAACAUGCUUUAAUCUGUGCCCAAACAGAAUUGUUAAAACAUUCUUUUUUUUUGUUUUGUUUUAAGUAAAGUUACAUGCUAUAACUGUUUCUUUCAAUACAAAACCUGGAAAUUAGUUAGCAUUCCAGCUCCUAGUUCCAUUGUCUCAAAGUCAAUGGGUUAGAUGAAUGGGUUUUUAGUUGGAUGCCAGAAUUAAGGUCUGUGGGUAACACAAGCUAAAGAGACUUUCACAUUUUGUUCUAUGACAUAAAAUACAUCAGUAAAUACCCGACUCAUGAAUUUUGAAGCUUUUAUGAGUCUUUAAAAAGGUGGUUGCUAACAAGUGGUUAAAUGAGGCUACAGAACAUCCUCAUGCUAAACAUGGCUUUACAGCCUCGUGGUGGUAGUGAUGUUAAGUCAUCCGAACCUGGUAUAGUUUGUUUAUAUCCUUACAUUAGCUUUUUACCUCUGGUGAGCAUUUAGGCUUCAAAAAUCAAAAAAGUGGUGUUCAUUUGUGAAGAUUAUUUUGCUGAACAAAAUGUGUAAAGACCUUUGCACACUGAAUCCAUUUUUUCUGAAGCAUUUUGUAAUCCAUCAUCCGGAACGUUAUGCAGACAAAUCGUGCACACUGAUUCCGACGCAUUUUAUUGUUCUAUUUGUUGUGAAUGUGUAUUUGCAAUACAUGGCAAAAUGAAAAGACACAUUUCCUCUUUUGCCUCUGUCCACUGAAGUUACCAAUUUGGCUGUCACCACUCCCUCCCUGUCUUGCAUUUGACACCAGCUGCAUGAAGGGGCAGAGCUGUUCUCCCUCUCUGUCUCUCUGUCUGUGUGCAGCCCACAUCCUCCUCCUCUUCAUCAUCCUUCACCUGAAUAUUACUAUCUGACCUGUUGAAAGUGAGCUAUCUGAGUUAUAAAAUGAUUCUGUGCACCCCGUUCCACUGUCUUGUCACGGCUGUAUCCCACCGCCACAUUUUCUUCAUUUAUUCUUGGUCAAAUGUCCCUAAAGGCUUCUGUCGGAUGUGAAGAAGGCAGAAAAUAAAACCUGUUCCGAAAAUUUUAACAAUGGAUUAAAGUUUUGAACUAAGUGUGUGAACAUGAUUGACACAGGUAUUUAUUUAUAGACGUGCGACUAUUUGACGGAAAAAACGGACUCAGUGUGCAAUCCAGUGAAAAAAUACCAUAGACUUUUGAUGAGGGAACCAGGCCGAUGCCAACUUCCACGUCAGCCUACAGAAAAACGCCAUCACUGGAGCACUCUAUAGGGAUGGAAAAAAAAGUCUGUUCACUUAAGUAUCGCAAAUUUUCUUUUUAUGAGUUUUGAUUUUUUCAAUGCCUGCAUCAAUAUAAUUCAAAUGAAAGGUGGAAAGUUGCCACUUUUAUUGUGGUAAUCUUUAAAUAAUGUGACAUCAUAUCAAUUUAAAGAAAAUCAAAGUUGAAGCAAGAAUGCAGAAAACGAGGGAUUGUCUAAGGACAAGGACCUUCAACUGCUUGAGUAGCAACUGGGAGUCAGUCAGCCCAGCGCAAACUACCUGCCGGAUAGGCAAACUUUCUGUAAAAUUUUAAAUGCUAAAUAUAAAAUUAAUAAGAAACAGUCAGUGUUCAGAUUAUGGCAGCUGCCACAAAUAAAUCAAUCCCUGGGAAUCACUGUAAGCUUAAUGAGCAGGGACAGCUAAAAAAGUACAUUUUUAUUCAUUCUAUUGUACAUGCAAUAUACAUUAAAGUAAGUAAAGUUUAUCUAAUAUAGCAAUUUUCCUAGAGCAAGGUCACAAAAUGCCUCACUGGAAUAAAAUUGUCAAAAAAAAAUAACGCCACAAAAACAGUUUCAUUUAUUUACCACUUUUCUAUGCAGUGAUGUUGUUGAAAUUAAAGUCAGACAGACUGACUCGGGGUAUGAAGAAGACCGACAAUGUCAUCUGGGGAAUCACACCCCAGGAAAUACUUUUUCAAGAAACUUCAUUUGAGUUGAAAAUUAGGAAUAAGGCCCACAGGCUCAUUACUGGCACAAAGACAAACAUGACAGACAUGGAGUCAAAAUAAACCAAAUGAUAAUUGAAUUUACAAAUGAGCAAAUAAGCAGUGACUGGAACUGCUGGGAGAAAAGAAAAAACAAAA